UCAUAGGCUGUAGUCCUUAUUUGCCUGGGAACCUUUUGGGCUCAGACUUCUGCAUUGGAUUCCUUUGUCCUGCGAGAUCCUGUCAGCAACUAUGUCACUGGGACAAUGACCAUCCACAAUGAGGAGAGCAUCGUCGAUGUCCAUGUCCGCUCUGGCGUGUACUCCUCUGAUACCAUUUUUGACUACUCACGUGGGUAUAUUGCAACCAAGUUAUUUUCACGAAAUGCCUGCUUUAUCAUGAAAAUAAAGAAGGAAUACAUCCCAGAGCUGGAAGAGAUUGGACGUCUGGCUUUUGAGAGACAGACCAUGAGGGAUGUAUACUCUCCGGAUAAUGUGUGGACUCAGUUCCAAGCUGGCACUUCCAGGAUGGGGCAUUUGAAAGACUGGAUUAUCUAUGGCAAACACAUUGAAAAGCUCUGCACAGGGCUGCCUCUCUACCAACUCGUAGCCACUGAACAACCAAUGAAUGAUGAUGGCUGUGCUAGUGCUGGAAUUCCAAGCAUUUUGGGCCUUAAAAUCUGUGAAGAACUCAUUGCAACUGAUUAUUGA